AUGGCCGAAAUCUUUGGCAUCGCGACCGGCGCGCUGAGCGUUGCAGCACUCUUUAACAACUGCGUCCAAACGUUCGAGUACAUCCAGCUCGGCCGCCAUUUCGGAGAGGACUACCAGAGAUACCAGCUGAAACUAGACGUUGCAGAAACUCGCCUAGGACGAUGGGGCGAGGCUGUUGGGAUCAACAGCGACAUACGCUUUGCAUCUGCCGCACCGAGUGACAAGGCUGUAAAGGAUGCAUUGGGGAUCCUCGAAGAUAUUGCAGAUUGUUUUGAGUCUGCACAGAAGAAAUCAAGACGAUAUGCGAAGCGUGCUGAUAAAGAAGAGCUAAUGGUUCAUAACACCAAUGAUAUGAACCUCUUGUUCCAACGGCUGCACAAACGCUCCAAAGACACCGCUCGUCGGAGACAGAAAGGCAUCAGCAUUGUUAAGAAAGCUGCGUGGGCAUUAUACGAUAAGAAAAGCCUCGAGAAUAUCGUUGACCAAAUUUCCUCCUGGGUCGACGAGCUGGAAAAGCUAUUUCCUUUUGAGGCGUCUUACCAGAAGUCUAUCGAGAUUGAGAUUGGAGAGGUCAAUGACGAGCUGAGCCUUAAGACUCUUGAGGACGCCGCUCGUGAUAUCGACCCAGCCCUAGAACUCGCAGUGGAACGCAAAAUAGAUUCUAUCGAAGCGAAAAAUUCGGCCGGGAGUAUCACGAUGGAGGACAGAGCAAAGUUCCAUGUCGGUAACACCUUCUCAGAGGGAGUUCUUCACCGAGAGAUCCUGGUCAAGGAUCAGACGAAUAACUCCGUAGAGACAAUUUCGGCAAAGAAUGAAACUCGAAUCCAAAUAGGGAAUGUUUACGGCGGUAAGGGGAUCUGGGAUGAUUAG